CUCAAAUACAAUAAUAUUAUCAACAAUGGAUCAAAUUCAAAAGACACAAUCAGCACCUGAACGUGUUUACAAAGAUUUUGAACCUUAUUUUGAAUGGAUUAAAGAUGAAGUAAGUUACACUCUUAUCCUAAUGCUGCCAGGAUUCACAAAGGAACAAUUGAGAGUGCAAGUGACUUCAAAAGGUGUCCUAAGGAUCAAUGGUGAAAGGCAAGGGAUUGAGAAUAUAUGGCAUCGUUUUCGUAAGGUAUUUCCAAUUCCUCAAUAUUGUGACACAAAUGAUGUCGAUGCCAAGUUUGAACAUGGAGUGUUGUCAAUCAAGUUUCCAAAAUUGAUCACCCCGGAUAAUAAGCCUCAAGAACAAGAAACUAUCACGAAUCCACCACAAGAAGAACCUUCAAUGGCACGUCAAAAUAGUGAUGAAGCUAAGGCGCCAACACAAGCACAAGUGGUUGAUGAACCGCGAGAGAUGCAAAAGGAAGAUGAAAAAGAAAAUAACAAGAUAGAAGAACAAGUUGAGAAUGAUCAAAAUAAUGUGAAGACUAAUCAUGUGUCACCGGAGACUAAAGAAGUUGUUAAAACUCGCGAAGUAAUUGACAUCCAAAGAGAAGACAAAGAGAAAGAGAAAGAGGAAAGAGAAGACACAGAGAAAGAGAAAGAGGAAAGAGAUAUAGAAAACAGUAAGAGAAUGAGAAAAGAUGAAAAAUGA